AUGAGAAAAGAAAACAUCAAAAGAAUAUCUUCCAUAGCUGGUCUUCUUAUUUUGUUUGUAGUUAUAAUUGCUAUUUAUAAUGAGAACGCUGAAGAUGAGCUUACUAGAGGUGUGAACUUCUUUAAAAAGCACUCCUUCUCUUUCAACGACUCUUCCAUUCACAAGCAUAUCCAUAAGUAUGAUCACGAAUGUGGUCAUAAUAAGAUUAUUGAGCAAGAAAAGCUUCUAGACUAACCAAAGUAGGCUUUUGAUGAAAGUCUUUUUGAAGUUGAUGACAUUAGCAAGGUCCUUCCUAUUGAAAAAGACUUCAAAAAUAUUAGAAUUAGUAUGGAUUACAGUAACGUAGCUUCUUAACCAGCUAGCGUUUAGACCUUCCUCAAAACUCAAGUUGUUCCUCCUAUUAUGAACCAUUUGUAAGAAAUGAUAAAGGUCCAAAGAUUAACAGCUCCUAUUAAAGUUGAUCCUUAUUACAAGUUAAAGAACUGUGGCUAAGCUAACAUUAAGAUUCCUGCAGAGCAUAUUAGCGUUGGUGUAUCUAACACAGAUCUUAUAUUUUAUGUCUAAGCAUAUAGAGAUUCAAGCAAUUUACUUGCUUAUGCAAGUUAUUGUCCUCAAUCUGAGCCUUAUGGAUUAGCCAGUGGAAGACCUACAGUUGCCUACAUGAAUAUCAAUUUGAAUCAACUUGAUAAAGAUUUAGCCUCAAAAGAUCCUAUGUCUUUAGCAAAAUGGAUUUUCAUUCUUACUCAUGAAGUUGUACAUUCUUUAGUUUUUUCACCUAACUAUUUUGAUAAGUUCUUAGGUGAAAAAAAUCCAGUUAAAACUUUCGAUGGUAAAUCUUAUGUUGUAGCUCCAUCUAUAGUUAAGCUAGCCCAAGAUCAUUUUGGAUGCCCCACUCUUAAUAAGGUUCCUCUUGAAGAUGAAGGUGGUCCUGCUACUUUUGGUACUCAUUGGGAAAGAAAAGCUUUUGGUAAUGAACUUAUGACUGGUUCUUAAUUAUACGAUAGUGUCUUUUCCAAAUUUACUGCUGCUAUGUUUACUGCAUCUGGUUGGUAUUAAGUUGUUGAUUACAUGACAGCAACUUUGACAUGGGGUGUUGGCGAAAAAUGUGAGUUUGUUGAAUAUAGCUGUCCUAAAUCUUCAAAGGAAUUCUGUUCUGUAAAAGGAAGUGCAUGUAGUUAUGACUAUGUAAGCCCUGGUACAUGCAGUGACAGUGAUUUUUUAGCAGAUAAAUGUACUUAUUGGUAGGGAUACUCAAAUUAACAUUGUAAUUUCCCUGACGAAAACACAAAAAAAGUUUACUAAACAUCAGGUGGUGCAUGGGGUGCAAAAUCCAGAUGUUUUAACACUAAUGUAGCAGAUUCAGCACGUUGGGUAGGUGUAAAAUCUCUUUGCUUUGAAUCUUAUUGCGACUAUAGUGGAUCUACUACUAAAGUUGUUUUUAAAGUCUUCAAUAAGGAAUAUACUUGCACUGCAACUACCAAAUAGGUAACUAUUCCAGGCAAAGGUGUUGUUGAUUGCCCAGAUGUUCUUAGAUUCUGUUUUUCUCCUUCAGCUUGUCCUUACUCUUGCUCUGGUAAAGGUGUUUGUAGACUCGGAAAGUGCAGUUGCUAUAAGGGUUUUAAAGGAGAAGAUUGUAGCCAGCUUGCAUGA